AUGGAGCCCUUUAUGGUGAGGAGGCUUUCUUGCAGGACGGUCCAGUUGCCCCCUUUAGCCUUUAGACAGGCAGAGCAGUACUACUGUGAUCGUAAGCCGGAGCCAGACACAAUCACAGUCCCACCACGGCCCACAACACUGCCACUGCGUGCACCGCCACUCAUCGCUAUAACCACCGCUGAUACCAGCAGUUUCGAUGUGGACAAUGGCACAUCAUCAGGUCGAAGCCCCCUGGAUCCAAUGGCCAGCCCGGGCUCAGGCCUCAUCCUGCAGGCCAAUUUUGUCCACAGCCAACGGAGAGAGUCAUUCCUCUACCGCUCUGACAGCGACUAUGACCUCUCACCCAAGUCUAUGUCGCGAAACUCCUCCAUUGCCAGUGACAUUCAUGGUGACGACAUGAUUGUAACCCCCUUUGCACAGGUUCUCGCCAGCUUGAGAACUGUACGAAACAACUUUGGUGCAUUAACUAACCUACAACAAGACAGAGCAUCCAAUAAGAGAUCACCCAUGUGUAACCCACCACCUAUCACCAAGACCACCUUCACAGAGGAGGCCUACCAGAAACUGGCCACUGAGACCCUGGAGGAGCUGGACUGGUGCCUGGACCAGUUGGAGACCCUGCAGACGAGACACUCAGUCAGUGAGAUGGCUUCAAACAAGUUCAAGAGGAUGUUGAACAGAGAGCUCACUCACCUAUCGGAGAUGAGCCGCUCUGGGAACCAAGUCUCUGAGUUCAUCUCCAACACCUUCUUGGACAAGCAGCAUGAAGUGGAGAUGCCAUCCCCUCAAAUGCAAAAGGAGAAGGAGAAGAAGAACAAGCCCAUGUCUCAGAUCAGUGGGGUGAAAAAGCUGCAGCAUUCCUCCAGCCUCACAAACUCUAAUAUCCCUCGAUUUGGGGUCAAGACUGAGACCGAAGAUGAACUUGCUAAGGAGUUGGAGCAUGUGAAUAAAUGGGGCCUUAAUGUUUUUAAAAUCUCUGAAUUUUCUGGAAAUCGGCCACUGACAGUCAUGAUGCACACAAUAUUCCAGGAGAGAGACUUGUUAAAAACUUUUAAAAUUCCACUCGACACCUUUAUAACAUACCUGAUGACCUUAGAAGACCAUUACCAUGCCGAUGUGGCCUAUCAUAACAACAUCCAUGCUGCUGACGUCACCCAGUCAACUCACGUGCUGCUAUCCACCCCUGCCCUUGAGGCUGUGUUCACAGACCUUGAGAUCCUCGCUGCCAUCUUUGCCAGUGCAAUUCAUGACGUGGACCAUCCCGGAGUCUCGAACCAGUUCCUCAUUAACACCAAUUCCGAGUUGGCGCUGAUGUACAAUGACUCGUCCGUCUUGGAGAACCAUCAUCUAGCAGUCGGUUUCAAGCUCCUACAAGAGGAGAACUGUGACAUCUUCCAAAACUUGACCAAAAAACAAAGACAAUCACUGCGAAAGAUGGUCAUUGACAUCGUGCUAGCUACAGACAUGUCCAAGCACAUGAAUCUACUGGCUGAUCUGAAAACAAUGGUGGAAACUAAGAAGGUGACCAGCUCUGGUGUCUUACUGCUGGAUAACUAUUCUGACAGGAUACAGGUUCUCCAGAACAUGGUGCACUGUGCAGACCUGAGCAACCCCACCAAGCCUCUGCAAUUGUACCGGCAGUGGACGGACCGCAUCAUGGAAGAGUUUUUCAGCCAAGGUGACCGAGAAAGGGAGAGGGGCAUGGAGAUCAGCCCUAUGUGUGACAAACAUAAUGCCUCAGUGGAAAAGAGCCAGGUUGGAUUCAUAGACUAUAUCGUUCACCCUUUGUGGGAGACGUGGGCUGACCUGGUCCAUCCGGAUGCCCAGGACAUCCUGGACACGUUGGAAGACAACAGAGAGUGGUACCAAAGCACCAUCCCCCAAAGUCCCUCUCCUGCACUGGAUGAGCCCGAGGACGGCACUCGACCUCCAGGAGGGGACAAGUUCCAAUUUGAGCUCACCCUGGAGGAGGACGGGGAGUCGGACACUGAGAAAGACAGCGGCAGCCAGCCAGAGGAGGAAGAGGAGGAGGAGGAGGAGGAAAACAGCUGUACUGAUUCUAAAACACUCUGUACGCAAGACUCUGAAUCAACAGAGAUACCUUUGGACGAACAGGUGGGGGAGGAUGAUGACGAUGACGAGGAGGGAGUAGAAGAGGGGGAGACGCCCUGCUCACAGUCAUGUGUUGUCGAGGAAGAGGUAGCAGAAGAGGAGGAGGAGGAAGAGGAGGAGGAGAAGGAGAAAUCCCCUGACACAUAGCAGUUUAUGGACAGCACCUGAUUAACUCUUCUUAGUAAUGACAGAUGAUUAUUUAUAGAAUAUUUUUUGGGUUUUGUGAAAUCUGUGUGUGUUUUUUAUACAUCUAUGUUUAUGGUUCCAAAGCGUGUGCUGCUCUCCACCUCGGCCACUCCUCCUGUCCGCUUCGUUCAGACACGCCCACUGGUACUACUUCAAGUUUUUUUGCACUCAGGAAAACUCCUUUCCAUUCCCAUUUGUACUGAAGUGGUGUGUCUUUAUUUCACUUCUACGGCCCCUCCCUUUACAAGCUUAAGUUUAGGAUGUGGACCAGCAGUUCACGGUCUGCACAGUGCUGUCUUUACUAUACAUAACAUCACAUUUUCUUCCCUUCUGCUUCGUCUCAGCCUCGCCAUGAAAGUUUGGCAGUGUUUCUGUGUUUUAUUAAGUGCCCAUACUCUACAGAGACCGUUGUUGGCGUGUUCAAGGAGAAUCUCCCUCUCGGUUAGGUCGUAUCCUCCCCACUACCAAUUUUGAGGCAUGUUAUGCUGUUGUUCUGUUGAAAACCUGACGGGACACCGCAGAGAUGAAAGCUGCAGCUCACCGGGGAGCUUUUUGAGACACAUUUCUGCUGUGGAAGUCUUCCUUGAAAACCUGACUGACACAAAGCUCAAAUCUUAAAACGGCUGUGUCGCUGUCCUUAGACCUCUUUAAUUUUUUGUAUCGUACUGUAUGUAAGAUUCAGAUAUUUUCUAGAAUUUACUUUUGCAAUCCUAGGCUUUGUUUUGUUAGAAAAAAAGAAAAUGAAGGAACUUUUGGAAACCAAUGGGGAGAAAUGUGCCGAAGAUAUUCAGUGGUUUUUUUUGGGGGUUUUUUUUUUGAAGGGGUAUCUUUGCAGCUGGGUUACAAUGAGAGUGUUCUGAGCUGUUUGCACUUGCUCCAAUAGCAUUUAUACUACUAUUCCCAUGCCACUGUACUCAUAUUUGGUUUGUCCUGUGAGUUGAAUUUUGGAAUUCAUUCAUAACUAUUAUUUUUUUGGGGAGAGUUUUCACUGAGAAGGAAGCAUAAACCUGACGUUUCACGCUUCAGUAACAUUGUUUAUAAUGUAGAUGAAGCCUUUAAAGUUAAUUAUUGUUGCCUGCAGUUCUUUUGAACACAUCCUAAGACAAUGCAAUGCUUUGUAGUUGAUACAAAAAGCACCUUUUUUUAAGAAGCUUGAUUAGUGCUCCAAGUAUACAGAAAUAGAAAUGGUGUUAUAGGGUGAUUUUUUUUUUUUUAUACAAAACACUACAAAAGCUUUUAUUGUCCUUUUUAUUUUCUUGCCCUUUUGUGUCAUUUUUAUUUGAUGUGCACAUCAUGGACAGCUGCUGCUUUUCAGUCACUUUGUUUUCUUUUACGCGUUGUCAAAUUUACUUUUAUUUACAAACACGUUUUAUUUGCCGUCACAACAUUGAUUCUAUUUACUGUCUUUGUUUUUCAACAGGACAAUCGGCUCCGUUGUGUAGUCAUCAGAUAUCCUCUGCAUAGAUACUCUUGCACAGAUACAUAUAUUCGUGUAUAACUGCAUUUAUAUUUUUAUUUAAACUCGCCAAAACACAUGCGCACGUAGGCUUGAACGUUGCUGUCCUCGCUCAAGAGUCUUUGUUUUUCCAUUUUUCUAAGUCUCAAUUUAUUAUUUAUUGCUUUUUUUUUUUUCCUCUCGAAGUUGAGGUUUGUUGUGUUCUUUGGGGUUUUUUUGCAAUAUGAAGAUGGUACAGUAAAUAUUUCACUGUAGCAUAGACCACAUCGCAGGCUUGCCAGUUACAAUACCUAAAUAUACUUUUUAACCCCCAUGUACAUAAAAUAUA